ACGCAGCAGCUCCGGAUCCGGCUCCACUCCGUGCGGACCGUGCGGGCGGUGCGGACACCGGGCUGACGGACCCGGGUGACGGACACCGGGCUGGACGGACACCGGGCUGAGCUGCUGAACAUCCGCGGACCUGAGUGAAGACCUGCAGCGUGCACUGAAGACCGCUCCAGGCCAAUGAUGAUGAUGUCAGAGAAUCUGGAGCACAGUGAUGAUGUCAGCGUCCUGCACGCCCAUGAGGUGGAGGCGCCGAGGGACGAGGACGGCCACUGCCCGCUGGCCCUCAGGCUGCAGCUGAUCGACGACCUGUCCUACGAAGACGUGAAGAAGUGUUACAGAGGAUCAACCGUCAGCAAAUACAACUCUCAGUAUCACAAACUGUUCCAGAGCGUCCCUAAAGAGGAGAUCCUGAUGAAAGUGUAUUCCUGUGCGUUGUUGAGAGACAUCCUGCUGCAGGGUCGACUCUACAUCUCCAGGAACUGGUUGUGUUUCUACGCCAAUCUGUUUGGAAAAGACAUCAAGGUGUGUGUACCUGUGGUGUCAGUUCGGCUGGUGAAGAAACACAAGACGGCCGGCCUGGUUCCAAACGGACUGGCUAUCACCAUGGAUACGGGACAGAAGUAUGUCUUUGUGUCCCUGCUGUCCAGAGACAGUGUGUACGACGUCCUGCGGAGGAUCUGCACUCACCUGCAGGUGAACGGGAAGAGUCUGAGUCUGAAGCAGUACCUGGAGGAGCCCAGCUCCCUCUCCAUGGACGAGUAUCCGGAGGAGCUGAAGUGGAGGAGGAAGCCGUCGCUGCCCGCCGUCUCUUCGUCUCUCCCGGACCUGUUGGGAAACUCCGCCCCCAGCCUCGCCACGGACACGCCCUUCAGCACGCACACGCUCACCGACAGCAGUUUGGAGACAGAGAAGAUCCUGCUGACAGAACCAGUACCUGAACUGGGUCACUUGGAGUACCAGCUGCUGAAGCUCUUCAUCCUGCUUGUCUUCCUGUUGGUUCUGUCUUCCUGCUAUCUGGCCUUCAGAGUUUGUCGUCUGGAGCAGCAGCUGAGCUUCCUGAGCAGCCAGCCGACACUCCGAGAGAGGUGUGGAGAGGUGCCCUGCUGGCUGGCCAAUCAGAGGACAGGAACCUGACACUCAGAGCCAAUCAGGGAAUGAAGAAAGAAUCCUGCACUUACACAGACUUCCCUUUAGGGGGCGGUGGUGAGAGGAGACGGCUGAACUCUGCCCCCCCCCUUCCACUUCCACGACCUGGUUACCAUAGAGACGUCACAGUAGUCAACAGAAACAGUAGACUGACCUUUGACCUCUGAGGACGAUGUGUUUGAGUGUCAUGUAGAGGUCGGGAGAAACGACAGCUCGCUGUAACGUAACUGAGAUGUAGUUUUUUUUUGUUUUUUGUUAUGUGAACAGACUGAAGUGUGUGUGUGUGUGUGUGUGUGUGUGUGUGUACAUAGACCUCCAUGUUAAACAUACUAACACACACUGACUGUCGUCUGAUGGUUCAGGUCUCGUUCCAGACGCGUUCUCGAGACUGCACAGCACGAAAUACUACAAUACCCAUGAGCCUCGGCGGUUGUUGCUAUGACAAAAAGCAGUCACAGGCGAGUUUAAAAUGUGUUUAAAGAACUGAAGCUGUUUAUUGUUCAUGUGGCGCUCUGGAUGCUUGUUGGUGAAAUGCAUCCUGGGAGUCGUAGUCGACUGCUCUCCUUCUCGUAGCUUUGAGUCAGCAGGAGACUUCGUGAAGCUCUUUGUCCUCGAUUUGUUCGUCCAGACAAACUCGUUUAAAACAGCUGAUCAAACGUUCAUCUGCCGGGACUAUUUUCAGCAGCGGAUUAAUCCACCUGAAGGAAACAUCAACUCAUUUUAUUCAUUCAAGUGACGUGAACCAAUGACGGUGUUUGGUUAUUUAAUAAACCAUCAAAUAUCAGGAGGAGAGACAGACAUCCAAAAAAAAGUUGAACUAAUUGAAUCGUCGUGUCGAGACGUCAAAGUUCAUCAAAGUGAGGUGAGUUUCUCUCUUUACAAAAUAAAAGCAUCAAAUAUCUCAACAAUUCUUUGAAAUCAUUUUUAAUAAAUCAUUUAUAUUGUUUACGUCGUAACACCUGGAAUAUUAAAAAUAAACAUGAUGUGUUAAUCAUGAUGGAAACUUGAAGCUUUUAUUGUCUGAAGAGAACAAACACAGUCGAACCUUUCUGGACUUUCAGGCCUCCGUACAUGAAACCAGUUUUUAUGAAGUCCGGCUCGUCUGUUCGCUGCCUUAAACUGUGACGUGGUUGAUGUGGAGAAUUGAAGCCAUGUUGAAUGUUUCUGUUAAACUUCCUGAAACUUUCUGAAACUUUCACACUGUGUUUUUAAAAAAUAAAAUUUUUGUGCCAAACGUUUGAAGCGUGUUUUCAUGACGACGCCUGAACGCACCUCGAGUGAAAGGACCUGAAGUGGAUCAAAUGAAGAGACGAGUUUCUGUGAUGACCUCUGAACUUUGACUGGUUUCCACGGCGACUCGUCUACGUCACACGAGGGUCGUUUAACGCCAAACGAUUAAUUCACAUGAACUACCUAUCAACAUGUAUACUGUUUAGUCCUAGUCCUGGUCCUGUCUCACUCUUGGUUUAGGUGGUCUUGUCUUGAUCCAGCAGGUGUUCUCUGAGUCUGUCCUGCUCACUCGACAGGAAUUAUGAUCGCUGCUCAGCCUGGGUCAGAGGUCAAUCUGUUGUCAUCAGGACACUUUGUUAAACUUGACAAAAAAUGUUAAUAUUUAAAAUAUG